AUGUAUGUGCCAAUUACGGAGGAUCCUGGUUGGCUAGACUUUGAACAGCAGUCGGAAAAAAUCGAAGCCGAUGUAGAGAACCUGAGUGAUGAUGAUGAUGAGGUGGACAAAUUUGUGCACGAAAUGUUCGAUGACCUCAAUGAUCUGAUCAUCAAAAAAUCCAAAGAAGCGGAAAACUACAUUCUCAGCAAAAAGCCUACGGCGCCAGAGAGAAACUCUUACGAAACAGAUGAGGAGUAUAACAGAGCACGUGCAGCCCAUAAAAAAAAAUCCGAGUCGUUCAAGAAGUUCGUUGCCCGGGGUGCGGCCUUUGUGAGUCGGUUGUACGAAUUAUUUACUGAAAUCAUCAACUUCUUUAAAGAGUUGGGGACUUGGUUGAAGGCCAAAAUUCGUAAUGUUUCUACAAAAAUCCGGAGUUUUAUGAAGACAAUGACGGAAAAACUUAGCAAACUGUAUCGCACAUUAUUCUCAUUUAAAUCCACGAAAGAUGAUUAG